AUGGAGAAGUUAGCAUACGCACUAAUUUUGGCUUCCUGUAAACUAAGGCCUUACUUCCAGGCCCACAAGAUUGAGGUACGAACAUCCUUCCCUCUCAGACAAGUCUUACACAAGCCAGAAGCCUCUGGUAGGAUCAUGAAAUGGGCAGUCGAGCUAGGCCAAUUUGAUAUAGAGUACAAGCCAAGAACUGCUAUUAAGGGGCAAGCAUUAGCUGACUUCAUCAUGGAAUUUCCACCCACUUUUGAAGUUGAAGGGAUGGAAUGCGUACCUGAACCUCAGUCUCCAAUAGCCAUACCCGAGAAUUGUUCCCCUUGGUGGAACUUGUACGUCGAUGGGGCUGUCAAUCGAAAUGGGGUCGGGGCUGGCAUUGUCCUAGUCAAUCCGGAAGGCCAUAAGCUGCAAAGCUCCAUUCACUUCGACUUUAAAGCCACCAACAAUGACGCGGAGUAUGAAGCCCUAAUAGCGGGGCUGAAGCUAGCCUUGGAGAUGAAGGUGGAAAAUAUGAAUGUUUACAGUGAUUCAAUGUUGGUAGUCAGGCACAUCCGAGGGGGCUUCCAAGCUAGGGGUCCCCGUACCAAUCUUUACAUGCGGUAUGCCCAAGAACUAAUUGGGAAAUUCAGAGAGAUCAAGCUAGAGCAGAUACCAAGGUCUGAGAACGCAGAUGCAGAUGCCCUGGCUAAGCUAGGUUCACAGAGGGAUGCGCAUAUGCUUAGGGUGAUCCCCCUCGAAAUCCAAUAUCAGCCUAGCAUCCCCAAGAUUGAAGUCCUAGAUGUUGAGGUUGAAGAGUAUGACCUUUGGACAACCCCAAUUCAGGGAUACAUAGCCAACGGAACCCUGCCUACAGAUAAGGAUGAGGCUAGAAAAUUGAGAUACAAGGCAGCCCAAUAUGUAAUUUAUGAUGGAGUUCUUUACAAAAGUGGGUUCAACCGACCCCUCCUUAGGUGUGUUGUUGGGAUAAGAUGUGAGUACAUUAUGCGCGAGGUGCAUGAGGGAAUUUUUGGGAAUCACUCGGGGGGUGCCUCCCUCGCCCACAAAAUUCUCCGUCAGGGCUACUACUGGCCUACCCUCUACAAAGACGCUCAUGCCUUCGCCAAAGCCCGUGACAGCUGCCAAAGGUUCUCUAAUACAAAUAAGAAUCCAGCGGUACCCCUAAAGACCUUGACAAGCCCCUGGCCGUUUGCUGUUUGGGGUAUAGACCUGAUUGGUGAAUUACCCAAGGGAAAAGGAGGUGUGAAAUAUGCAGUUGUGGCUGUAGAUUUCCAAAUGGGCUGA